AUUCGUCCGGGGUCGCCUGGGGCGAAGAAGAUGAUCACAACGAGGAGCUUGGACUACACGAUCAGGUGCAGACUAGCCACCAAGCCAAGGUACAGGAGCUGCUGAAGGAAUCAGAUGACGAGUUUAAACAACAACGCAAAAUACGAAAAUGGGGAAAAUUUGCCAACGUAACUAAACGCGAAGACCUGCAGGAUGUCUUACAGGAGGAGCGCAACGCAAUUGAUCGAGAAAAUGCGCUGAAGGCAUUCAUGGCCCGUUCGAGCGGGAUUGAGCUGCAAGUCUUGGAUCCACGGGAUGAAAUGGCAAGCGGAGUGCCGUCCGUCUGGGAUGAAACUGGAAACGUGCAGAUCACCGGUGGCUCGGUGAAAUCAUGGUUUGCCGAAGUGGACGAGGAUCUCGAGUCUGAGUGGCAAGCCCUCAUGGGCGCUGGCGGUGCUGCUGGUGACGUGGCGGUAGAAAAGACAUCUGGUGAAUUGGUCGCGAGGGACAAACUAGCGGGUAUACGAGUAGGAAGUGCGGGCGGCUGGACGUUGGAAGUCUUUCCGGGCGAUUUUGUUGUUCACCGCAAAUACGGUAUCGGUCGAUUCGAGACGACGUGCUUGCGGCCAAAAACGAAGCUCAACGAAGAAGAACGACUAGCGCAAGAAGAAAGAAGGGCUGAAAUUCUCACUACCGAAUUACGCAAGCGCAAGCGGGUAACACCCGACGAAAUUCAAGAAAUACGUGCAAGAUUUGGCACGGAAGAAGAUACGGACCCACUAUCCAAUCCACAAACUACUGUCUUGGAGAUUACGUAUGCAGACGCCGUCGUGCAUGUACCUGUCGAUCGCGCAUACCGUCUCAGUCGGUAUCGCGCUGGGGAUGCCGUGGUCAAACCCAAACUUUCCCGUGUCAAAGGUGAAGCAUGGAGCAAGGCGAAACAAAAGGUGGAGGAAAAUACCUUACAGCUGGCACAGGAUGUGCUGGCACUCUACGCAACCCGUGAAACACUCCAAAGACAACCCUUUGAUCCAUCAGUGGAAGACGUUGUCCAAGAAUUUAGCAAGUCGUUCCUGUAUGAACCGACGACGGACCAAAAGAAGUGUUUCGAAGAAAUUGAAAACGACAUGGUUUGGCGAAGUCGUCCAAUGGAUCGUUUAAUUUGUGGUGACGUUGGCUUCGGAAAGACGGAAGUGGCUAUUCGUGCUUUAUUCCGGUCCAUUAUCAACGGUCGCCAAGCGGCCUUGCUAGCACCUACUGGAGUCUUGGCUGCCCAGCACUACAAAAAUAUUGUCAAGCGCAUGGGACCCGGCACAGAGUACAAUAUAAACAUUGCCUUGUUGCGAGGGGGGAUGGGUAAACAGACCAAGGCUGGAAGAGAAUUGCGUGGAGAGAUUGAAGGAGGCAAGACACAGCUUAUCGUGGGAACCCAUGCACUCUUGUCCAACGAAAUGAAGUUUAAGAACUUGGGUUUGCUGGUAGUCGACGAAGAGCAACGGUUUGGUGUCAAGCAAAAAGAACGCCUCAAGUUAAUCUGUGAUGGAAUCGAUGUUUUGACGUUGUCUGCUACCCCAAUUCCUCGUACUUUGCAAAUGAGUUUGAGUGGAAUUCGCGAUACAUCGACAAUUCGGUCGCCACCGCCGAUGCGAAAACCCACAGUCACGCACGUGCAGGAUUUUAGUGAAGAUAUUGUAAAGACUGCCAUCUCGACAGAACUGGCGCGUGGAGGACAAUGCUAUUACGUAGUUCCUCGUAUUUCUAUGCUUGAUGAAGCCGAGCAAACGAUCCAAAGCCUGUUCCCAGGAAUACGCAUCAUUCAAGCGCACGGCCGAAUGCAACGCAACGGCGCGGAGGAAAACGUCGCCGAAUUCGCCGAAGGCAACUACGAUGUUUUGCUCGCUACGACGGUCAUUGAAAACGGUGUUGACAUUCCUUCCGUCAACACAAUUGUCGUGCAAAACAGUCAAGCUUUUGGAAUGAGCACCCUGUAUCAGUUACGUGGUCGUGUUGGUCGUUCUGACAAGCAAGCCUUCGCGUACUUUUUGUACCGCGAAGAAUCUAUCACGGAACAAGCAGCUAUGCGUUUGCAGGCAAUAGGGGAACUUUCAGAACUUGGCUCCGGAUUCGACGUGGCGAAUCGAGAUUUGGAAAUUCGUGGAGCCGGAAGUUUACUGGGAACGGAACAGAGUGGUAUGGCGGCCAAAGUCGGUUUUGAUUUGUACAUGCGCAUGUUGAAAAAGAGCAUACGCAAGCUCAGGGGUCUCGACUUGCCUCUAGUACCACGUACUAACAUUCUAUUUCCGACAGAUGGAUCGCCCAGUACCUUUAGCUUGCCAAUGUCUUUCAUAGAGCGUCAAAGCGAACGUCGCAGUGAAGAAACCAAGGCUCGUCUGGCCGAAAGCACUUCAGCGUUGGUCACCUUGACCAAUGAGUGGAAAUCUAAAUACGGGUCGCUCCCCUCCACCCUGCAAAACCAGCUCAAGACUUUACAUCUGCACGCUUGUACUCGUAGGUUGGGAAUUGAUCUCGUCGGUCUGGUGGAUGUUUUUGGCAAUGGGAAGCGCAUCGAUUGUAUUCUGCGUUCACCGGGUCUUCGCCCGCGGCACUGGGCCACGAUUGUCCCAAUGCUGGCCAAGGGUAUUGCCCCCAAGGGUUUAGACGUUGUAUUUCCUGCUCGUUUCACGGUCACAGGUGAAGAAGUAGAAGUGAGAGGUGGCCGAAAGAUGAAUCUAUUAGAACUCGUCAAGGAAGAGACUUUCAACGAAGAGUUGGAAGAGGAGGAUUGGGACGCCAUGGACGAAGAAGAGGUCGAGGCAAUGAAGGACAUUAGUUCGGCCGUAAACGUUUUGGAUAUGGACGAGGUUGAUCUGGAGCAGUAUCCACGUUUUGUGGUGAGGGAUUUUCAGGAUGCCGACAAGGCCGUUGACCGCCUUUUGAAAUUGCUACUGCCGGUUGCCAAGAUCGUAUAUGAGAAACAAGAAGACCAAGCGGAAGCCGCUCGCAUGGCCGCAGAGCUUCGUGACAAACAAGAGCUUUUACGCCAACGAAAGAAAACGAACGAAAAGCGAGAAGCCCAGCGUCUGGGUUACCAGUAUUAAUUGCCCGGCAGUCGAGUUUCCACUCGUUACCACUCGUAAGAGUUAAACGCUCUGUACAACUGUAGCUAACAUAACACGUAAAUUUAGUUGUUGGUCU